CCGUAAACGGCCCAGCGCCCACUUUCUCAUAUUUGCCAAGGCUGUAGCGCAUCUUUCGGCACUGAACUCCAGGAAUUACCACGCGCAGCUCCCGUCUCCAUUCUGCUGCGCAAGCCUCAACAUAUCACAUGGACGUCACAGAGGACGAACGUACCUAUUUCUCCAUUCAAUUCACAAUCCGCCGCGACACAAAUGUGCCAGACCGUCGUGAAAGCUUCUAGACAAAAGCGUAUAUUGAGGGGAAACUACCGUGUUCUCUACCAUCACUUCCCGUUCGCAGCCUAAAGCUUAACCCUGUAGGCAGCAGUCAACUGCACAAAUGUGCCAGAUUUGGCUACAACAGCAGGUUGUUUAUGCUCAAGACUACUUAACAAUCGUGUCUUUGAUGACGAAAAAAAAGAGAAACAAGGGUCUGCAAUCAGCGAAUGAAUGAGAUUGAUGCCCGCCACGACGAUGAUGAACGAGCUGCACAGGUGGCUCCCCGAACUACGCAUGGUAGAUACAGCCAAGACUCCCAGUCUAGUAUCUAAAUUCUAAAGAACAGCCUUCAGAAAUUCUAUCGCAUCAUCUAUGCCCUCGGGUGACUUGAACCAGUGUCCUCCGCUCCCAUACUCCCUCCAUGUCACAUUCGCUCCAAGACCUUUCAGAAUCUCGCACUGCCUCCUGCCCCAAUCCACCAACACCAACGGAUCAUCGACGCAAUGUUCCAAGAGCAUAGGCGUAUUCUUGAGAACGUCGCUGUGCGUUGGGGAAGAAUCGAGUUGAAGCGUCUUGCGCAUCUCAUCAAGUGAUCGCCCGGCAAAUGGGCAACGACCGCUGAAGCCAAUAAAGGCGCCCAAUUUUUUGUCCGGGGUCGGGAUGUCGAGGUUGAACAAUGUGUGCACGCUUGUCGCAGAGCCCAUGCUGAUGCCCAUCAAAAUGACCUUGUCCCACCUCCCGUUCAAGUCGUUUGCUUCUUUGGCUAGAAUAUCCCGAAUUUUAGGCACGACUUCUUUGAGCCCUUCUGCCUGGAGGUCUUCAUUUUCCGACAAGUUCCUCACGUUCCAGACAUCGAACCAUUGGUUCCAUACAUCGGGUGAACUGGCGCAUUUUCUCUGAGGUGCUUGAGGAAAUACCCAUCGAAAAGAAGGGAAAGCGUCGGCAAGCGUACGGCCUUGGGAGUCGCGCGAGUAUUGGAGCGAGCUGGAGAAGUUGGCAGCGUUGUCGCCGCGACCGUGCAGGAACACGACGGUGUGAGUGUGCGUUUGGCCUUGGGCUGGCGGCACUGUAAUACUUGUGAGAGGAAGAGAUCCCAUUGCGUUGAUGAUGAGACAGGACUUGAUAACAAAGUCGAUGAUGAAGUGAAGUUUAUGAGGAGGAGUUCUCUAUAAGGUGAUGCUGCCUGGAACAGGAUGCCCCACUUUACUACCCUGAAUCACACGUCCAACCCUCCAAUGAUGGCAUCUUUCUUACCGCGCGACAUCCACCCUAGACAACGUCUUCUCUCAGCCAUUUCUUGCAUCGACUUCACCUGCGCCAUUAGAAGCAUCGAAAACAUCUUCGAAAUAAUUCCACUAUAAUAGUUCGUUUCAUUUCAUAGUCCAUAAAUCAAGGAUACAGGCACCAUGAACCCUUCAGCGCCAGAGAUAGACCAUAUGCUUAACAUGAUAGAUCAGGUCCACCUUCAACAUCCUGCUUCGGCGCUGCUGCGAGCUUUCAUUCUGGAAGCCGUCCAACCCCAAAAAGCAUCGGAGUACGUACAAAGCCGGCUGAAAACCGACGGAAAUUUGGGUCUUCUUCUUGUCGAUUGGAUUUAUGUUGUUCAUUCAGUCACCUCUGGCAAGCAGCCGCGAUGUCCUUCAGCUGAUGAGAUCAACGCCAUUGCGAAGCGAGACGGAGGUAUAUGCUGCGUCACAGGCAAGAAAGGUAGCUUUUGGGACCCCAUAAUAGUUGCCCCGAUCUUACCUGUGCCAUCUGCAUGGCUCAAAGGAGAGCCACGUAUCAUAAGACUCCUUGAAGCAUUCUUUAGCCCCCAGUACCUCGAUUGGUGGCGCUUUCUUAUCGACAGAGCCGAUAUAUACUCACCUUAUCAAACUCACUGGCUCGUCCGACGGAGCGUGCACCAGGCCUUCCAGCGCGGAGUCGUCAAGUUAACACGAUUGCCUUCAUCCAUGAUAGAAGUCGAGCAUGUUCUUAUUGAUGAUGAGCAACCUGUGGAUAUGCAUGGUACUAUUGCUUUGCUGGGUGACCAUUCACGGCAGGGAGUUGAGAAGGCCGAUGCACGACUAAUUGGUUCACAUGCCCGCUUCUCUAGAAGCAUCCAGCUAGUGAAUCUUGCAAGGACUAUUGCGCCUGGCCUGUUCUCUCAGGCGAAAACCACCACAUAUAUCCCUCAACCGCAGCUCCUUGGCCGCAUGCGCUCCAGCAGUCUUGGCCUGGGACACACUUUCGCACGUCCAAUAAUGCUUCUGUGGCGGCUCUUUCCAUCCAAAGUUCGUAUUGCGGCAUUCGAUCUGUUACGAAGAAUGGGAAGAUGCUUCUAUGGAAAGGAUGGAGAUGCACAGGUUCAGAGGCUACCUUUUGGACUAUACCUCAAGUACAAUUCCAAUCCGGAUACCCUGAGGAAUGAGUAUAAUGCCCUCAAGGUCUUGGAAGCAAAGACAACCAUUCCUGGCCCACGAGUCUUCGAUAUGGUGUGUCUAAAUAAUGACGAGGAUGAUUUGAGUUAUCUUCUCAUAAGUAGGGUCCCAGGCACAUCAUUGGCAAUAUGUCGGGAUGCGCUUUCUGACCAAGACUACGCCAACCUCUCCGCCCAGCUCAAGGACUGUGUGUCACAAAUACGGGAUAUUUCCAAGCCCGCGAAUAAUGGUAUGGCUAUCUGUAAUACCUUGGGCGAAGCCUGCCGUGAUCCGCGAAUUCGAGAUUGGUCCCCCAUCGGACCCUUUGCGGAUGAAGCUUCUUUUGGCCAAAAUCUUCACUUCUCAGACGAGCCCAGCCGGCGUGGACACAAGAUUGUUUUUACACACGGAGACCUCAACCCUCGCAACAUCAUGAUGGAGAGGAUUAGUAGCUCUGCUGGAGUUAGUGGAUGGCGGCUAAGUGGAAUUAUAGACUGGGAAACGGCAGGAUAUUAUCCUGAGUAUUGGGACUACACUAAGAGCAUGUUUGAAAGCUUUCGGUGGCCAAGAAGGCAUAACAACAUGAUGCAAGACGUCUUCAGUGAGUUUGGUGAUUAUAGCGAGGAAUUGGCGGUAGAGAGGCGGGCCUGGGAGUCAGGAGACGGAAUUUGAUAAACGAGAGAAUUGAGUGUAAUGACUGUGACUACUUAAGGAAGGCCCAUAUGUUGAAUAUGCCAUUUCGCCCC